AUGUCGGCUACGGCUAUGUCGAAGAAAAACAAGGGGAAGAAGGCCGCGGACCCUAACGAGACUUCGAAACUUCUUGCCGCCAAGAUCUCGCAGCUGGAGCAGGAUGCGGCUGGAGAGAAGGACCAAGAGCAAGAAAUCGAACGGGAGGUGAAGAAGGCCACCAGAGAUUUAAACCAGCUCUUGACCAAUAUCGAAUCCCCGAUGACCCGCCUCGAAACUGUCCAUAAAAAGUACACCGAGCUCCUGGCUGACAUGAAGAAGUUGGACCGCGACUAUGCCAAGAGUAAGAAGCGCGCGGACCAGCUCCAGAAGGACCAAGACAAGGGCAAAUCGGAGUUGAACAAAACUGUUACUAUGAAAGAUAAGCUGGAAAAGCUUUGUAGGGAGCUUACGAAAGAAAACAAGAAAGUCAAGGAUGAAAACAAGAAACUAGAGGAGAACGAGAAAAAGGCCCGUGCGAUAGUCAAUGAACGACUUGACUCUCUUUUGUACGACAUUCAAGAUGUUAUGGCAGCAAAGGGCAAUCCUCGAAGCGACAAGGUGGACAUCGACCUUGACGAAGCCCUGCGGGCCAAGAUCAAAACCAUUGGGGAAAAGUUUGAGAUGCGCGAGUUACACUACAAGUCCUUACUGCGCAGCAAAGACGCAGAAAUUCAAUGUCUUACCGCAAAAUACGAAGAACAACGACGUGCGGCGGAGAAUGAAGCUGCUCGCUGUCGUGCGCUGAGCUCCCAGGUAUCUACGUUCUCGCAUACCGAGUCUGAACUGCGAAGCCAGCUGAAUAUUUACGUGGAAAAGUUUAAACAGGAGAUGGAGGAAAUGUCGAAAAAGACUAAACGAUUGGAAAAGGAAAACCUCACCCUCACUCGCAAACACGAUCAGACAAACCGAAACAUACUAGAAAUGGCCGAGGAGCGAACGAGGAAUCAUGAAGAACUCGACAAGUGGCGGAAGAAGAGUCAUCACCUCGAAGCACUGUGUCGACGAAUGCAGGCCCAGGGCCGUGGGCAGAAUCUUGCUGUGGAUUUAGACGGUGACGACGAGGGGACGGAAAGCGAAUACGAAGAGGAUUACGAAGACGAAGAAGACGAAGAGGGCAUCAGUGACGAAGAAUAUGAAGUCGAUAGCGCCAACGGAGACCACUCCCUGCCACAGCAGCCACAGCAGCCAGAGAAGCCAGAGAAGCCUGUAUUUGGGCCGCCACCGCCCCCGAACCUCCUGGAAACACGAGCGAAUGGGAAACCUGUGUUAAACGGAUGCCACUAA